GAAAUAUGAGUGCACCCAUAUUGGUGGCACCAUCCAUAGUAAAAAUAAGUGUAGCUCUUGGAACAGAACAAAAAUAGACCUAGGAGGCACCCACCCGGCCAAGCAGCCUUGGGACACCGCACUAGAACUGAGAGAGGGACUCACUGCGGCGGCGGCAGCGGAUAAUGGGCAGCGGCAAGGAGAAGAAGAGGAAGACGAACAACGACUUUUCCCCGCGUCCCAAGAAAUUGAAGACGAAGAAGGAAGGCGCGCGUAAGGGGCACGAUAAGGAGAACGGGAGGGCUGACACCAGCAAUGGCAAAAAGGAAAACGGCGCCGCACUAUAUCCGACGGCGUCUGAGCAGCUCAAAUUCUUCAUUCAUCACUACCAAUCUGCAAAUCGGGUUCAGCUCUCUCCUCUCGAGCUCGAAUCCUUCAAAGAUACUUGCAUGGUCGAACUCAUUCAAGAUCAAGCUGAAAACAAAAGAACUCUUGGAGAUCAUUUGAAGGCUGCUUUUGGAUCUUCGUGGAAGGAUCUUCUUUGUAGAAAUCAAUUCAAAGCUGGGAAAGUUGAACCUGGCCAUCCUGCACUUAUUGUAAUUAGCUCAUCAGCUCUACGCUCUCUGGAACUUCUCAGGGAGUUGAGACUGUUCACUAAGGAAUGCCCUCCUGCAAAGCUCUUUUCCAAGCACAUGAAGAUUGAUGAGCAGGUGUCCUUUCUGAAGAACCGUGUCAAUAUUGCUAGUGGUACACCAAGCAGGAUCAAGAAGUUGAUUGAUAUGGAGGCAUUGGGCUUGUCUCGACUAACUGUGGUUGUGCUUGAUAUGCAAAUGGAUGUAAAGGGCUAUUCACUGCUAACACUUCCUCAAGUCAGAGAGGAGGUGUGGGAUUUGUACAAGAGCUAUUUCCACGAGAGAAUGGUGGAGGGGACGCUGCGUAUGUGUCUCUACGGCCCACUGCCAGAAAUAACCCGGACCAAGAAGGUUGUUGAUGACUGAUUCCUUUCGGCUCCUUACAUCAACCUAUAGAAAUCACAUUACCCUUUUUGGAAAUGUUCCAUAUUUUUCUGUUUUCAGAAAAGAUAUGAGAGAUGAAAGGAGUGUUUUUAGACCUUGUCCAAAUCUUAUCCUGGGCAAGACUCAAGAGAGCUGAUUGUUCCUUUGUACUUGUGCUUAUUUCUAUCAACAAACCCACUCAAGAGAGCUGAUUGUUCCUUUGUACUUGUGCUUAUUUCUAUCAACAAACCCCUGUUUUUGCACGUGUGUGUGUGUAAAAGUCACAGUGAUUGGUUUAGUUU